AACCCUCCAACUGCAACUGCUCAAACUUCAUCAUCCCCUCCAAAGACCUUAUGGAUGGGUGAUUUAGAUCCUUGGUCAGAUGAAGAUGCCAUUGCAAAUUUGUGGUCUUCAUUAGGUAAAAGAGUUUUAGUUAAACUGAUUAGAGCUAAAAAAGGUACUCCAGCUGCAACUUUAAAUACUGGCCAUGCUGGUUAUUGUUUCAUCGAAUUUGAAACUUAUGAUGAUGCUAAAAGCGCUUUAAGUUUAAAUGGUUCUCAAAUCCCAAAUACAAAUAGAUUAUUUAGAUUAAAUUGGGCUUCUGGUGCUACUUUAUCUUCUCCAAUUCCUCAAUCUCCAGAAUUUUCAUUAUUCGUUGGUGAUUUAUCUCCAUCAACUACUGAAGCUCAUUUAUUGGCAUUGUUUCAAACCCACUUCAAAUCUGUUAAAACUGUUCGUGUUAUGACUGAUCCAAUCACUGGUACUUCAAGAUGUUUUGGGUUUGUUCGUUUUAGUGAUGAAGAGGAGAGAAGACGUGCUUUAACUGAAAUGCAAGGUGUUUGGUGUGCAGGUAGACCUUUAAGAGUUGCCUUAGCUACACCAAGAAAUCAAGCAAACUCUCAAAAUGAUCAACAACAACAAUUACAACAACAAAUCCCAGGCCAAGGUCAACUUGACCAAGCUCCAAGUGCUAAUUCUCAAUCAGUUCCAUACACUGAUCCAAAUAACACUACUGUUUUCAUUGGUGGAUUAGCAUCAGGAAUCCCAGAACAAACAUUAGCUGCCUUGUUCCAACCAUUUGGUAACAUCACUCAUGUUAAGAUCCCUCCAGGUAAAGGUUGUGGUUUUAUUAGAUUUGAUAAACGUGAAGAUGCAGAAGCUGCCAUUGCAGGCAUGCAAGGUUUCCAAAUUGGUGGUUCAAGAGUUCGUUUAAGUUGGGGUAGAGCA